UGUGGAGGAAGAAAUAGUUCCUACUUGCAGAGAACUUGGCAUUGGGAUUGUCGCAUACAGUCCUUUAGGAAGAGGAUUUUUAUCAUCAGGUCCCAAGCUUGUUGAGAAAUUUGCAAAUGAAGACUUCCGAAAGCAUCUACCAAGGUUCCAGCCGGAGAAUAUGGAGCAUAACAAAAACAUGUUUGAGCGAGUUAAUGAAAUAGCAGAGAAGAAGGGGUGCACCCCAGGGCAGCUAGCAUUGGCAUGGGUUCAUCACCAAGGGAGUGACGUGUGUCCAAUUCCCGGCACCACCAAGAUUGCAAACUUGAAUCAGAACAUUGGAGCUUU